AUGAGGAUACACACAGCUCCAGCAUGGCACAUGUUUGCUGUGUUUCUUUUGCUAGGCGGGGUCGCGCAGGCUUCGUCUGGUGACAGAUUGCCAGACUUCAAAGACUGUUUGCAAGUCUGCAAAAACGCCAAUUGCGGCGAGGAUCCUACACCAAUCCCCUUCCAUCGCCGCAUGCUAUUUUGGGACUGUACCUCAGAAUGCGACUAUACCUGCCAACACAUCGUGACCGACAAACGUCUCGCCCGCGACCCGCCGUACAUGCAGCCCAUCCACCAAUUCCAUGGUAAAUGGCCUUUUUACCGCUUCAUGGGCAUGCAAGAGCCCUUCAGCGUCAUCUUCUCGCUGUUCAACUACCUCGCCCACGACUGGGGUAUGCGGCAGCUCCGUGACACGAUUCCCGCGUCGUACCCGCUCCGAAAAUACUAUCUCUGGUUUGGAUACGUUGGGCUUGCGAGUUGGACGUUCAGCAUGAUAUUCCAUACUAGAGAUUUCAAUCUGACGGAGAAGUUGGACUACUUCGCGGCAGGCGCAAACGUGUUGUACGGGCUUUAUUAUGCGCCCAUACGAGUGUUUAGGUGGGAUAAGGAUGAGCCGAGGAAGCAGUCUUUGUUGCGGCUGUGGACAGUGCUCUGUAUGCUUCUAUACACGAUGCAUGUCCUCUACCUCUCGCUCUGGUCGUGGGACUACACGUACAACAUGGCUGCGAACGUGGUCGUCGGUAUCGUAGCCAACGUGCUCUGGAGCGGCUUUAGCUACGUUCGGUACAAAAAAACGGGGCGGACGUGGGCAGUGUGGCCGGGUCUUUGCGUUGCGUGGAUCAUCAUGGCUAUGAGUAUGGAGUUGCUGGAUUUCCCGCCGUGGAAGGGCAUGGUCGACGCGCACAGCUUGUGGCAUUUGGGCACUGUGGUGCCAACCGUGUUGUGGUACAAUUUCCUCGUAAGGGAUGCACAGCAAGACAUGGCAGCAGGUACGCGACUCAAGGAAUAA